CCUCAACCAUCAUCUAACCUACCUCUUCAUCAUGGCAGGGAAUGAACAGGAUGCCAAGUCCAACAAAAGGACUCGUUCCGAUGACGAUGGUAUGCUGAAUCCCCUAUAUUUUCUAUGGUAACUGCUAAUUUUCUCAGACUCUUCCUCGGACGACGACAUGGGCCCUCAGCUACCCUCUGCGGAAGCUCCCAAGAAAAAGAGACGCAAGCUCCCAUAUGAAAAGCUGUAUAUAUCAGCGCUGCCUACCUCUGCCAAGUACUCGAAAUCUCUCAUGCAUCGAGAACAAUUGGCUUUCGUCACCAUGACACCCUUGACCGAUUUCCUAAUAACAAGCUCUGUAGAGGGUGUGGUCAAGUUCUGGAAAAAGGGAGCGGAGAGCAUUGAGUUUGUCAAAGAAUUUAAGGCGCAUAAUGGGGAAAUUAAGAGUGUGUCUGUGAGUGCGGACGGUAGGAGUUUUGCAACUGCUGGAGCAGACAAGAGCAUCAAGAUAUUCGAUAUCAUCACGUUCGAUCUUCUUUCUAUGCUCACGUUGGAGUUUACGCCAAAAUGUGUGUGUUGGGUACAUGGACGUGGAGCUUCCUUGCCAUUACUUGCAGUAUCAGAUGAAGUGAACCAUACUAUCCAAAUUUACGACGGGCGCGGAGAAAACCAAGAGCCUAUACACACCAUUAAAGGAUUACACCGGAGCGUGGUUUCAUUGAUGACAUUCAACGAUGCCUACAACUGCGUGAUAACUGUGGACGAGAAUGGAAUGGUGGAAUAUUGGAGACCUGGUGGCAGCUACGAGAAGCCGGAUAAUGUUUUUGAGUAUAAAAGUUCCACCAAUCUCUUCGAGUUCAAGAAGGCCAAAACAACACCAACCUCCCUAACCGUUUCACCGUCGGGUGCUCAGUUUGCGACAAUUUCAUUUCCUGACCGAAAGAUCAGGAUCUUUGAUUUUCCUACUGGCAAACUCUAUCGCACUUAUGACGAGUCUUUACAAACCAUAGAAGACAUGCAACAAGCUGGCACGGCUCUUCAGAAACUCGAAGACGUUGAGUUCGGGCGACGUUUGGCGACCGAAAGAGAGAUUGACAGCCCGGCUUUACGUAACAAAGCCAAUGUCAUCUUUGACGAGACGGGCCACUUCAUCAUUUACGGGUCAAUGCUUGGAACCAAGGUUUUGAAUACCUACACCAAUAGGGUAGUGAAAGUUUACGGUAAAGACGAGAAUUUCAGACCUCUUACUGUCGCAUUGUACCAAGGACAGCCGCAAAAGAAGGGAAUCACAACUGUGGCUAUGGCGGCAUCAAACAACCCUCUACUCCAGGAAUCGGAGGUACGAGAUCCCAUAUUGUUCGCGACUGGAGUUGGAAAGGUCAGAUUCUAUAUGUUUACGAACGAUGAAAACAUAUCGAAAUCCGAGAGAGAUGUUCACAACGAGAAACCGAUCAAUGCCAAUUCCAAGAAAGCCGUAGAAAAGAAAACCGCAGAAUCGGGCACGGCGGCUAUCAUUCAUACUAGCUAUGGUGACAUACACAUUCGGCUAUUUCCCGAUGCAGCUCCCAAAGCGGUCGAAAAUUUCGUCACUCACUCAAAACGGGGCUACUAUAACAAUACCAUAUUCCAUCGUGUUAUCCGGAAGUUUAUGAUACAAUGUGGAGACCCUAUGGGCGAUGGCACAGGAGGUGAAAGUAUUUGGGGAAGGGAAUUUGAAGACGAAUUCAGCACACUUAAGCAUGACAAACCAUAUACUGUUAGUAUGGCUAACGCGGGCCCCAACACCAACGGAAGUCAAUUUUUUAUUACGACUGAGAAGACUGUAAGUUUCCCUACUUUCUGUCUAAGUCUUGACUAAUUCUUUUGUAGCCUUGGCUAGAUGAUAAGCAUACGAUCUUCGGGAGAGCCAUACAAGGGUUGGAUGUGAUACAUAGGAUCGAGAACGCUCGAGUUUACAAAGAGAAGCCGGAGGAAGACAUAAAAAUGCUCAAUAUAGAGAUCAUGUAA